ACGGGAUGAACGCUCCGCUGUCGUCGCCGCUGCCGUCGCCGCUGCCCACUCUCUUGAGACCGCAAAUGUUGGCUCCGCACUCGACCCGAAUCAACAAUCGGGCACCGCCACGCAUCGCUCAAGUGUCCUUUGAGGCUAUCCCGCUGGAGUUGGGCAACUCGGCCGGCAAACCCGGUCAAUCGUUGCCUUUCGGUGUGCCGUUAAGGCCCCCCGUCUUCCCACCCAAACUGCCGCAGACUGGACAGAAGGUGCAGGGACUUCCAUUCACCUCUGGUAUCCCGUUUCCCAUUCAGCUGUUUCCGCCCGUCUCGCCCAAUCGGCCCUGGCCUCCUACGAACCCGCUCGUGUCCGAAUCCCCUCUGCCCGCUCUCGUGACUUUGACCACCGAGAAAGCGUCGACCGUUCAAACGAAUCCGAGUCCGUUACCCAACAACUUUCCUGCAAUCAAUUUGACCGAAACUCCAGCCAUCCCACACAUUAUCGAACGACUUUAUCAGUUUUUUUUUCCUGAAGACUCCAGUGUCCGACACCCUACGGUGGUUGCAGUUGUAACGACAGCAGCAACAAUAACAAAAAUAACAACGACAACAACACAGUUACCGCUACCGAAAUCGACUACCAUCCUAGUUCACGAGUAAUCGUCGAUCGAUAUCUCUUCUAUAAUGCAACCGUCCAUCGAGGACGAAAGCUCGUCGAGCGGCCUUUUGCCGUUGGAUGGCCCGUCUCUUGUUCCGCCUGUGAUGUCUUCAUCAUUGCCUGCGAUGCUUUACUCCUGUGAUAUCUCCUCCUUUUUGUCCGUCCUUCAAAGCUGGCCUACGCCGUCCACUGUGCCUCAAUUGGAGGCCGGCACUCCUCCUAAUGUCCUUCAACUGCCCGACAGUAACAGAUACACGCCCCCACUGCCGUCUGGCCGUCCGGGUCAAGUCUUCCACGACGAAUAUUUGUCUCCGGCCAACGGUUACGGCGACGUUGACGUCAUCACCAGCGACAACAUUCAACCGCACGGAACCUACGGCGAUACCUUCGAACUGGUCGUCACCGCUGCCCAGAAUUUCGGCGGAUCCUCGCAGCCCGUCAACAACGGAAGGCCUUACGUCAUUCCGGUUGACAUCGACAAUGUUCACGGAGGCCUACAAUCACCUGCUUCGGUGGAAUCCGAUGAAUACGUUUCGAUUGACGGCCGCAAAACAUACUUUAAUCUCUUUCCAACGGAAACAGUCGACGGGAACGAACCGAUGGUCCAAGCGACCGCCAUGCCAAAACCAGCACCGAUGAGCAACAAUAAUGGAUACGGUUACGCUUACCCGGACAGCCCUGUUGAGCCAGUUCGACCAGCAGCUCCGCCCAGGCCAAGUUAUCCGGCAGCUGCAGCACCGAGGCCCAGCUAUCCGAAACCAGCGGCACCGGUUGUUAUCAACCGGCCAACUGCUUCACUUAUUAGAAGACCGUCCACGACUCCCCUCAGCCGGAUCGACGCCUGCAUCGUGGGAGACCCUAAUGCCUGUUUAGAGCCCAACGAAUCGUGCCAAGCCGAAGAAGAUGGAUCAGCUUGCUCUUGCAAACCGGGUUUUGGCCGGAAGAAAUCCAGUGAGGUCUGCAAAGGAUUGACCGGUCUCCUGGUAUCAAUCAGACUAGAUCGAUUGGACAAUCAGAGAUUGGCCUGGUCAUCCAGUUAUUCGGAUCCUUCCAGCCCUGACUAUCAACAGUUGCAGUGGGAAGCCAACAAAGCCAUAAACUCGUUAAUGGAGAUGGCACCUUUGUCAUCCCAUUUUGUCUCUUCAUCAGUCAACAAAUUUUACGCCAUUGGCAACAAAAUCAUCGUCAACGCGUCCGUCUUCUUGGAUUCAAGUCCGGAAACGCAGAGCGUAACUGUUCGACCGACACUGCAGAGGCAGUUGUCCAACAUCAUCCAGCAACGGAACAACAAUCUGGGCAUCAGCAGAUUAUGGGUCGAGGGACCAAAUCCCGUCCCAGUUAUCCUAGAUUUGAAUGAAUGCGGUGCUCCUGAAUUGAACGAUUGCAGCCCUAAUGCUGAAUGCAUCAACAACCAAGGCAGUUUUUCGUGUGAAUGUAAAGCCGGGUUCUCCGAUCCCUACCCCAACGACCCCUUCCAGUCUGGCCGUCAGUGCAAUUCGUGCACAAGAAGCUACUGCAACAAUCGCGGCGAAUGUCGAAUUGAAAACGGCAGAAAAACUUGCUCUUGCCAAGGGAAUUACAAAGGACAGACGUGCGAACUGGACGGAGAAGUCUUAGGCGUGGCCAUCGGUGCCUCCGUGGCCGCUGUUAUUAUCAUCGUCUUGACCUUGGUGUUGUUAUGUAUGUGGAGUCGCCGGUGGCGACAGAACCAGGAGAAAAUGGUCGAUCGAAGUGCCUACAUGGAACAACUGAAGACAAUGCCGUUCCCAGCCAUCAUGCAGGACCGCAUCCGAUGGGCUCAGUAUGCGGAGGCCAUGGCAUCCGCUCACAAUCUCUAUGCGACACCAAUGCCUCCUCCUUACUUCUAUCAAACCCCUUCGACCUUGCAAUCCAACCCAGCUCCUUCGCUGGUUCAACACCCGACGUUGUCUCCUCCGCCGAUCCCUCCCCGAAAUAAAGUUCCCGUCCGUCAAGCGGCUUCUUUGCCCGUCGGCCUGGUCACUUCGACAGCCAGUCAGAUGAUCAACAAUCUCCAAGAAUUGGCUCGCAAAAUAAGCCGCAAGAAGAAGUCUGCUCCUAGACCGCCCGAUCCGGUCAAUGUGAAUCCGCAUUUAGCCUUGAUAUCGCCAGCCUAUGCGGUUGGAACGAUGAACAGCGUCAGUCGCGCUAGUAUGGCGCCCACGUUGCCUCUUGUGGGACAGUUUUACGGGUCUCGGUCGACUUGUGGUUCUGUUAUCAGUUAUGGUAAGAGAAGUGCACCGCCUCCGCCUCCCUCGAAUCCUCCGCCAGCUUUGCAAGUGAUGGAGACGAGCGAAGAGAGCGCCACCGAAAGUGAUGCACCAAUUGCACGGCCAUUCCAAGUACCCAGACCACGUAGUCGCUCUUCUGCAUUUUCAUCCAACAACAUCUACUUCGAGGCGGAUGCGCCCUCUACCAGCAAUGAUUUCUCCAACCAAUCGCAAGUGUCGCUAAACACCUAUCAACCCCAACGUCAGGGCCAUCGCUACUAUUAUCGUUAAUAUCACAAGUUUUUAAUCGGGGGUUUUGUUUCAAAAGAGUAUGAUGGGGUCUGUAUAAAUUAACCCGUAUCAGUGUUAGCGGAAAACGCGUGUGAUUUGUUUUGAUUUAAUUAUCUGCAAGAUCUGCAAUAGAUCUGAAUCGAUUUCCAUUAUUUGAUUUCUCUUGUAGAAAAAAACUUAACUUUUUAUGAUUCUGUUUCAACCAGUGCAUUCGAUCUUGAUAAUAAUUACAUAUUGUGAAAACUU